UUAAAAGAAGAAUAAUAAAUGACGAUUCCAUCAAAGUUUUCCUGCAAGAGCUAUCUAAAUUAAAUUGGGAUGAUAUUUUUACUCAUCCAGGCGAUCCAAAUCAACUUUGCAAAGAAAGAGCACUUCAGUAACAUCAUUAGGAACUCCGAUAAUAGAUCAAAAGCCUCCUGGAAGGUCAUAAAUUCCCUCACGAAGAGCAAGAUUUCAUCAUCUGUUUCCAGCAAUCAAGAUUCUCCUUUGCCAGAUGAAUUAAAUGACUUUUUCAUUGAUUUUCCCUCUACACUGACAGAUGGCCUGAAUAAAACGGCUACAACGAGUGGAGAAAGACUUGAAAACUCUUUCUUCAUGUUUGAAGUUUCUCACGAGGAGGUUCUGAAAACGUGCAUCAACAUGGCUUUGUGAAAAACAGAAAUAUAGAAACUGCGGUCUAUGAGCUGAUUAAGGAAGUUCUCGUGACCAUUGAACAAGAUGAGGUUCCCAUGGGCUUAUUCUUGGACCUGUCGAAGGCCUUUGAUUGUGUGGAGCAUAAAAGACUAUUGGAAAUUUUAGAUGACUGUGGAGUAAGAGACAAUCAGUUGAGACUCAUUGAGAGUUAUUUGUCAUCCAGAAAACAAAUGGUUGUCAUGGAGGUGGAUGGUGAGCUUCUUAUAUCGGAUGAAAGAGAGAUAUCUAUGGGCGUGCCACAGGGUAGCAUUCCAGGACCUGCACUUUUUAUUGUGUACAUAAACCGGUUACCAAAGGCUAGAGUUGCAGUGAGACAUUCAAUGGGUAUGUUCGCAGACGACACCAAUUAUCUACUUAAACUCCGCAAUGUUUCCACCGCCACCGAGGAAUCUAGAGGAUUGCUGACGUCUGUAGGAGAAUGGUUUUGUAACCACAAUCUUCUUUUGAACAUUGACAAGU